AGAGAAGAGAGAUACUCUUACACUCAUUCAGCCUCUGUGAGAGGAGGCACUGGCAUGGAGGUAAAAAGUUACCAGCCCACAUCCAGGUGAAGCAGGACGAUGACGUUCAACUUCCUGCCAGAACGCAGAUCAAACCAAGUUUUGAAGUCAGUCUGGGAGAUGGGCUCUUGGUGCUGGCCUGGCUCAGUCAAAGAAGGAGUUGUCCCAGCGUCCAGAGGGUGGCUGCGAAGGUUCUUAUUUUUGAAGCUGGUGAUGGUUCUGCUGUUCCCCCACGCUGCAGGCCUCCCCCUACUGGUGGGCUGUGUGCUCAGCCUGCGGGCCCUGUUACUGCUCUGCUCCCCUCACAUCUCCACUAAGCCCUCCACUGUGCUGCUGGGCCGGCUGGCUCUCGCAGACAGUCUCCUGCUGCUGCGCUGGAUGCUUCAGCUGGGAGCCUGGUGGAUGGAGGAAGAGGAGGAGGAGGUGGGUUUUGAGACUGAGAUGGGCCACAUGAGGGAGGGGAGUUCCUUUUGGUGGAGGGAGGCUGUGAGUGUGCUCUGUCAGCAGCUGCUUGAUGCUCACCACCUGGCCUCUCUGCUCCUGCUGGGGCUGCUGGGACUGGAGGCCACGCUGGUGUCUCGCUGGCCUCAGCAGACUCGCAGAUUCAGGACUUCUUACUGGGCUCAGCUCAGCUGCAGCCUGGUCUGGAUAAUUGUGCUGCUAGAACUGUUCUUCUCACUUCACUCAAAACUUUUAAAAGACUCCAGGCCUCAGACUUAUUCACCAACGCUACAAAAUCCCCAGAGUUCCUCUCUGGGCCUGGAGCCUCUUCUCUCCCUUUCAGCUUUCUCCUCCUGCCUGAGGAGGUCAUUAUGGCUGGUAAAUUUAUGGCUGCAUUAUGCUGUCCUCUACAGCAAACCACAGAGGAGAAAAAGCUCCUUUCACUGAAAGUCUUCUGUACAAUAUUCCUUGGUAUUUUUAUAUUUUAUUUAUAUAAUAAAACUAUUUUUAAUAGUAGAUAUUCUGAGUAAAUAAUAAUUUUUAGGGGCCUGUAACAAGACUAUGUAACUUUAACUGAGCAAUGGCCCCUGUGGCUAAAAAUUCACACAACCUAACACAGUGUGUUUACAUGACCUUUUUGUUUUUGUGAUAAAAUCACUGAAAUGUUUAUGUGUGUCAGACUAAAACAGAGUGUAACAGUAGCACAAGUACAGGACACUGUGAACAGCUGGUCAUACCAGAUAAACUGAGGCUGUAGUUGUGUAUUGAAUAGAGUAAAUAUGCUUUUUAUUCCUUUGAACUUCACUCUUCCUUUGUAGUAAAAAGAACACUGUGUUAUGUCUUCUCUCAAAAGACAGUCAGCCUCGCCAUCGGGAGGGGGGGGGGGGGGGGGUUGUCAAAGGAUACAGAUGACCCCAGCCCCCCGUUGGCCCUCCUGCACAGGUCAAUGGUUGAAUUUUAAAUUAGAUCAAGUACCAACAACUUACUUACUGACUUACUUCAAUACAACACAUUUCAACAUGUCAUCUUAUACUCCUCAUCACACUAAUUAUUACACCAAGCAAUUAUUGCACAGCUUUUUACAAUAACAGCAGGCAUCAGAUGUGAAAAGAACAUGUAAAGAUGUUAAAUGAACUGCAGCCUGACUAGCUAAGUCAAAAUGCCAAAUAAUAUUGAGUGUAUGUGUGCAAAACAGUACUCGGAAUGGAUGAGUCUGUAACACUGGAUUUGGAAAUGGUGAUAGAUGAAGAAUUAACUUAUUUGUUCACUUAUGAUUCUGAUAGGAUUUAAUGCA